AUGGCAAUGCAAUCCAAAGGCAGCGCUCAUCAGAAUCAGCAGCCAAAUCACACAGAAUAUGGCGGUUCAGGGAAAAUGAUGAAUACUCCGGUAGUAUACCCACAGAUGGGGUCCAUGGGAAAUCAAUUUGUAAACGCGCAACCUGUGUUCUACCAUGCUGGUCCUGUGAUGAACGCGCCUCCUACUCCGUUUGAUACAGCAUAUGGGGUUACGUUGCUGCCCUCUCACUUGUUGAUGGGCUCUCCCUUCGUAUCUUCGCCAGAUCUGUUUCAACAAUCGCAUUACCAUCAGUACGCGAACCAGCGCCGUCACGGUAGCAGCCACUCCAAGCCCUCCUCCGGGAGAAGCUUCGCUAAAGUGGCGACCGCGUACCCGGCUCCACCUCCUCUCAGUUCACCGCCGAUCUCAAGGAAUGCGGGCUUUCCGAUCAAUAGCCGUGAGUUCGGUCGAGAUAGCUACUACAAGCCGAUUCGGACGGCAGAUGCUUCCAAGCUUUUCGGAGACCCAUUCAUUGUGACUUACACAAUCCUACCGAGGGGCAAUGAUGAGUUCCGUACACGGUCUUUACUACUCGAGAACGUGAACAAUUCGACAGAUCUUCACGCUUUUGUCACUAAUCACACCAUAUCAGCUCCGGUUGAGAGUGUUUAUAUGUUUGAAAAAGAGAAGGGCAGCAAUCAUGUCUCGAUACUGUUGAGUUUCUUCUCGCGCACAAUCUGUUUGGAUUUCUACAACAGUGUGCUACAGAGGUUUUCUGAGUACAAAUCGGAUCUUGACUCUAAGGGCCUUACCUUGAGCUUCGUCUCGUUAGAGUACAAGGUGCCAGGUACUGAUCGGGAAGUGGUUGAACAUGAGGAUGAUACUAAACUCGAUGCAUUCAGCAUCACUGCGGCGGGCUCGCUUCGUUAUGAUAUAAUCAAUAGGGGCGCUGCCAGAUCCAUAGCAAUAACAUUUGAUAAAGCAUGCUCAAAGAACGAACUCAUAGAUAAGAAGCUGGAAUUUCUUAAAGCGAAAAAUAAUAGCCGGUACGUCCUCGAAUCUGUUGAUCUGAUCAGUGCGAAUGAGCCCACCAAGAAUUUUCCAGAGAAUUAUGCAAUCUUGACUUUUCUGAACAUAUUCAUGGCAGUCGAAAUGUUAGAUUACAUAAGGCUACACUCACAAAAGCUAGGGAUCGUUAACUGCUUUUUUGUCUCCGUGCUACCACAAUCGUCCGAUAGUAAAAGGCGUAGUGUUUCCGCAUCUUCCAAUAGCAAGUCGUCAGAGAGUGGGAACAUCAGCUAUAGAGAUAAAAACGGAAGCAUCACAAGUUUGGAAUCCUGCUCUUCCUUAUUGUCGCUUGAUCCAGAGGUUGACGAGGUCACAAGUAGACUCGAAAAGAGUAAGUUGGAGAAAUGUUUGCUGGAAAUAAGAGCAUCGCAAUACAAGGAUCCCACUUUCCAGGCUUAUACGGACCACUUGUCGAAUGUAACAGUCUCUGAAGCGGCUUCCAUGGAGUUUCAAUUACAUUUACCAAGACCUCAGGAGGUUACCGUGAAUGAGAUCUCGCUUCCGUCUCGAGGUCUGUCUUUCUCUGGCGAAAUGGACGUCAUUCGAGGCGGUCAGCGCUUUAAUACAGCGACACAACCGAUCCCUCAUUUGACUUCAUUUACAAACACUCCAGAUAGUCCUUAUAUGCCUCCUCAUAGCGCAAGUCGGGAGAAUAAUAUCAAUAAACAAAUAACACAAAAUUUACAACAACACUAUGCAACUUCGGCAGAAGUAUCCUCUUCUAUGGGAGGCGGGGUAGGAAACAGAACGAUCUAUAUUGGAAACAUACACCCUCGCUCGAAAGCAGAAGAUAUAUGCAAUGUUGUACGCGGGGGCAUAUUGCAGGGUAUUAAAUUUCUACCAGAAAGGCACAUAUGUUUUGUUACUUUCAUUGAAGCGGCGUCCGCAGUUCAGUUCUACACUAACGCUUUCAUCGAUCCAAUAGUACUUCAUGGCAACAUGUUGAAAGUGGGUUGGGGCCACCACUCAGGGCCACUACCCAAAUCUAUCUCUUUAGCGGUAACUGUUGGUGCUAGUAGAAAUGUUUACGUUAGCUUACCAGAGUACGCCUUUAAAGACAAGUACAUCAAUGAUCCCCAGUAUAAGGAGUACGCGCAAAAAUACAAGCUUCCUACUGAGCAACAACUGCGCAAGGAUUUCAGUCAUUAUGGGGAAAUAGAGCAAAUUAACUACCUGAGUGAUGGACAUUGCUGUUGGGUUAAUUUCAUGAACAUAUCGGCAGCUAUUAAGUUAGUCGAAGAAGUCAAGUAUGAUGACGAGAAGAAAUCGCAAGAAUUUUUUAAUAAUCGAUAUGAAGGACUGAUAAUAGGCUAUGGCAAAGAUCGCUGUGGCAACGUUAAUAAAAAUUUAAUCGCAGGGAAGAAUUCAAGAUUUUACAAAAAGGUAAAGAAGCCCAGUUUCAAUAUAAGAUUGAGUAAAAUGGAAGCGGAAAGAAGACAGCAUGAAGAAAGCCUGAGAAACCAGCAAAGAAACAACAGUGAGAAGUUAAUUCAAUUCGGUUCUCUGGGAAUCACUCUGGAUCGUGAAGGGAAAAAAAGUUUCGAUGACAACAGUGUCACUGAUUCUGAAGUAGAGGUUGAUUUUGUAGAGGGAACUAAGAAAACUGUAAAACAAGAGGAUGGUAAGGAGUCAGAACAAGAAGAGAGAGAACUAUUGAAGUUAAGCAACAAGAGUGAAAUUUCAGAAGGAUUGGGGAUCACUGAUUCUGCUGCAAAUGAGAAGAAAAACAAGAACUUGAGCGAUUUGGCGUCUUCUGCGUCGAAUGAUGAAGAGGCCGCCAGUCAUUCUAGAUCUGACGUUUCGAGUGAAAUUGAGCUCAUAAUACAGACCCCUGCGGACGACAGGCGUGAAGUUCAAGCAUCACAGCCCCCUGAAGGAUCAUUAAAGAAGACUAAAUCGAUAUCAGAAAAGGAUAAAAAGUCUACUGCAUAUGAUGUCUCGACUACGUUUUCUGGCUUAUCACUCGACGCUAAUCCGCCUAUGGCUCCGGCGACAAUAUCUCGCAAUUAUUCUUUGAUGUUAAAGAAGCAAUACGAGGAUGACAAACUCAAUGAGACGAAGGUAAAUAAAGGUCAAGACGCCUCGGGCGAGGUACCAGAAGUAAGCAACCAUCGCAAGGGACGCUCAAAAAGACGCCAAGGGAAGUUCAUACCAGGAUCCGACGUGAUGGCUCAAUAUCUUGCCCAACUGCAACAUUCUACUUUCAUUUACGCUGCCAAUAUUUUGGGUGCUUCAAGUGAGGAAGAGAGCCUAGAUGGAAAUAGAAAAUCGUGA